UCCUUCCCCUCUCUCACCCACGCUGCUCUCCUGCGCCGUGGAGCGCGUCUCAGCAGCUUCUUCUCCCCAAAAAGGGACGGAUCUUAGUCAGGAGAGUCAGAGGAGUUUGGAUCUGCGUGGAAGUCAGCUCCAUGGAUUCAUCUCUGGAGUUCUCCAGCUCUCUGGGCAGCGUGUCCUCCCUGCUCAGCCGCUGUCGGACCUUUAAAGUCUUGGUGAUUGGAGACUCCGGGGUGGGGAAGACCUGCCUGACGCACCGGCUGUGCGCAGGAGAGUUCCCACGCAGGACAGAGGCCACGAUCGGCGUGGACUUUCGCGAGAGAGCGCUGGAGAUUGAUGGAGAGAAAAUAAAACUCCAGCUGUGGGACACUGCAGGUCAGGAGCGCUUCAGGAAGUCCUUGGUGCAGCAUUACUAUCGGAACGUCCACGCCGUGCUUUUCGUUUAUGACGUCACCUGUCCGGCCAGUUUUAACGGGCUGGGUGCCUGGGUGGAGGAGUGCCGGCAGAACUCUCUGGGUCACGAAAUACCUCGGUUCCUCAUUGGGAAUAAAAGUGACCUCCGUAACGCCAGCAGCACCAGUUGCCAGGUGAGCCAGGAGCUGGCCAUGAACUUCGCCAAGACUCAUGCAAUGGUUUUCUUUGAGACGUCUGCCAAGAACCCACUUAAAAAACAGCUAAAUGGUCGACGAGGUGAAGUCGAGGAGAUGUUUCAGCAGAGUGGAGUGGAGGACAUUGUUACUGCUGUUGGUACAACACUUAAGAGACAUAAAACUCCUUUAACGGCUAACUCACCAGCCUACAGUGGGUCUUUUAAAGUUCACAAAAAAAAGCAGCAGAAAGAGCUGUGGACCUGCUGCUGAGCAUGGCUCUUUUCUGUUUUUUGGAUAGAAUAUGUGGACUUUAAAGCUUUUUAAUUUUUAAGAAUAUGAGUGUAAAAAUUGUAUUUUUGAUCAUUGCCUAAAUGUUUUGUAAAAAGAGCUUUUUUUUUCUAGUUGAUGCCUUCCUUGAA